GCCCAUCCCAUCACAACCAAAUCCCACACAACAAUGUCCACACCAUAGCCUCCCCAAAACCACCCACCCACUCAAUCAUUAACCCACAUUAAUACCCGCGCACACGCACACACCGCCCACAAUGCACCUCCUCCACCGCGCCCCUUCCCCCUGGCACCUCCUAGCCCUGUCCUCCCUCUGCGCAACCGCGCUCAGCAGCAGCAGCCAGGGCCAGGUCCCGCUCCACGGCGCCGACGACAACGCGCGGGGGUAUAAUCCCGGGGAACCGAUUCCCGUGUCGUGCUUGAACAGGACGAUAGAUACGGGGGAACAUGUAAAAAAACAGAUCACAGAUAUAAACGGGCAUCUCCAAUACAUACCCUUCCCAACCUGCAACGAAACAAACCGCCCCCUAGAACUCUUCUUCGGCGUAGAAAAAGACAUAAACUGCACACUCGACUUUGUCACGGAUGAGUUCUUCCACCUCCUAGAAUUCUACAUCCACAACGACGCCCCGCUAUCCUGCCGGAUCCCCUCACGCCCCCUCCCCGCCUCGGCUCUCCUCUCAACCCAACUAACGGACGAGCACUCCCAAGAAGGCGCCCUAGGAACCUCCUCAACGCUCUACACCCCGUUGAUAAUCGCGCUCGCGGGAACCCUCCAACUCUCGCACCUGCACGUAGGAAACAACCUAAACCUGCUCCUCCACGCGGGGACCACCCCAGGCGCCGUCGACGCAGCAACAGCCUACAGCGUAGCGGCGCACACGCGCAGCACGAAGAUCACGAUUGGGGACCCGCUGCCGCUGAGUUUUAGCGUGAGGUGGUAUCCGAGCACGACGUUGCCGAGGGGGUGGGCGGGGUAUGGCGGGCAUGUUUAUACGAGUACGUUUAUUUACUGCAUACUGAGUGCUGGGGCUAGUGCGGCGAUUUGUGUGGCGUAUUUUAGGGGCGUGGAGCUGCCGAGACGGUUGAAGCGGUAUGCGACGGAUAGGAUGAAUGGUGGGGGGGCGAGGUUUGGUGGUGGUGGGGGAGGGGGGAGUGUGGGGUAUGGGCUGCCGGUUGCGAAUGGACGGGGGAGUGGGUAUGGACUGAGUGGGGGAUAUGGGUAUGGUGGUGGGAUUGGGAAGAAGGAUUGA